AGGUUAGUGCAUCAUUGCUUGUUCUAACAGCCACAUAAAAUGAAUUUAAACACUCUUCUCGUUAUUUUUAUUUGCACGGAUAUUACCACUACUGAAAGUCUACGGAUUAAACGAAUUGUUGGUGGUAGAGAAGCAGCUAAGCCGCCACCGGACGAUCCAGUUGUUUUCACGAGAGUAUACAAUAGAUAUGCGCGAGUAGAAGGGAUCCGGAAUUCCAUAACUGGAGUUUAUUCAUUUUUAGGACUAAGAUUCGCAUAUCCGCCGGUAGGUGUGAACCGCUUCAGUCGGCCCAGGUAUCGGAGGUUAGAAGGUGAUAUCAAUGCCACAAGACACGGGCCACCUUGUCCACAACCACACUACGAUAAACCAAAUUUCGUGAUUGGCAAUGAAGAUUGUCUUCUCCUUAAUAUAUAUACACCACAGAUGCCUGACGAAACUACGGGUCUUCCCGUAUUUGUAUGGAUUCAUCCAGGGGCAUUUCGGUACGGAUCUGCAGCCCAAUAUGAUGCCGAACCUAUAGCUAAGAGUGGAUUGAUAAUUGUUGCCAUUCAAUAUAGACUCGGGACUUUGGGCAUCAUUGGCGAUGGAAGUAAACAGUUCAAUGGAAACCUCGCUAUGUUUGAUAUGGCGGCAGCGUUGAGAUGGGUAAAAGAGUACAUAGCGUUUUUUGGAGGGGAUCCCAGGCAGAUAAAACUUAUAGGUCACGGAUCGGGUGCAGCAAGUGCUAUGUUUUUAUCUAUGUCGCCUCGUAGUGGGUCAGUUACAGGCGUGGUAGCCAUGUCAGGAUCUGCUCUGUCCCAAUAUGCUAAGGACGACACACCAGUGCAGUCGCUACAAGAGAUUGCUAAAAUAAAUGAAUGCCCCACAACGAAUGAAACGGAAGUUGUGUUUUGCCUCAGAAAGAAAACUGCCGAAGAAAUUGUGUUAAAGGAUUCUCAAGCGCAAAAAGAUCGUCUGUAUGGACGGGCGGUGAUUAAAAAAUUAUCUGGAUGCGUUGGAUUCAACCCCCACGUAGAGCAGCCGAACGAUGAAAGAGGGUUACCAGGAAUUACCACGGAUCAGCCCGAAGAGUCAAUAUCAAAAGGAAAUUUUUCAAAAAUACCCCUCCUGAUCGGUGUUGCUAAGCAAGAAACAGCCAAUGCCAUUAAUCUUAACUCUACAAAUGAUUUGCAGAAAUCAGCAGAGAGUAUUUUAAAUUCUCUUGUUGAUACGUUACCAAGCUUAAAAUCAUUUCUUCGUGUGGAUGAAUUGACGGAAAAUAUUAUGAAACCGAUUUUGCCAGGUGCUGAAAGUCUUAGUUUUGGAUUAAAAGAUUUACUUAAAGUGCCUGCAUCUCUUGACACUCUUCAAAUAAUUUCCAAGAUCACCAACUUAACAACUGAUGUUCUUUUCAACUUGCCUGCCGUAUUAACUGCACAAACAUGGGCAAAGACAUCUUCAGCUUAUCUAUACAGUUUUGAAUACGAAGGUUCCACGUCUAAAGGUGUCAAUUUUCUCCGUGGCCUUCCUAUUGUUGCUUCGGAAACGAAUGUAUCGUCUAUUGGCCAUGGGGAUGAACUUGGUUACAUUUUCAAUGCAAAUGAUGUUGAGGGCAAUCCUCUGCCGAAUACAAGCUUAACGAAACCUGAAGAUAUUCAAGUCCGACACAAUUUUAUAUCUCUUCUAACUAAAUUUGCCAAAGCGAAUAGUGACGAUGAGGCUUCUUUUUUUAAAAGUUUGAUCGCUGGAGGCGAUGGUACACCUUUUAUAAAAAUCGAUACGAAAAUUAAACUUUUUCCAGAUUUUAGGGUUUGCGAACUGCUAUUGUGGGGUGUUCCGUUGAAGCCAUUACAAUCAACAACGUGCCAGGAUUUUGCAAAAACCAUACUUUCGGUGAAAAAUGUAUUGAGCAAUUUUACAUCAGAUUUCACUGAUACGAUCCAGUCAGGUCUUGGAAGUGUCGGUAACGCUGGGGGACUGCCAAAUGUAGGUGGUUUACUCGGAUAAGAAAGCUGUUUUUAUAGACCUUUGGUUCUCAUUCAUCUUAGUAUAUAUUUAAAACAAUAACAAUUUUUGUUUACAACCAAAAAAUAUAUUUUUGGAAAAAAAAAGUAAAGAUAUUUGCCUUGAACUUAUUUUGUAAUUUAAAGGGCAUUGGCAAGAGUUUACCAAAGUUUUAAAAUUAUUCAUCAACUCUUCGUAGUUUAAAAGAAAAAAUACCGCAUUAAAUUUGUUUAAAGGAAAUAAUUAUAAAAAAAAAGUAUUUUCUACCACUUGCCUUGAAAAAAUAAGAGAAACGUUUUAUGAACAGUUUACUUCUACCAAAGUUCUUAACUCUCUUAUGCAUUUGUGUUAUUUGGGAUCAGAUUCGAAUUUCUUCGUAAUCUGAUGUUAUACUUUUUCCAUAAAUGUAUGUUUAUUUUUAUAAAUAUAAGAUAUUUAUUCAAAAUAUUCCUAUUUGCACAGUGGAAUUAUUUGAUUGAAAAACUUAAUUCAUGCAAGAAAACUUGGGCAGUAGCAGCUUAUCAAAAUACGACUUCUCUUUUCAGCUUUGUACCCUUACGAAGGACAGUGGGCACUUUCUUUUUUUACCUCUUCAAGACCUAUACUAUUAAGUCUAUUGUUUCAUCAUACUUUAAAACUAGUGGAAUUUAAUCAAAAAUCCCUUUUUAUUUAUUUUGAAAAAAUGGUGUUUUAGAAAAGGGCUAUUUUAUAAAAAGUAAAACGAAUAAUUCUUCAGGAUCACAAGAAAAAACACUUUGCUUUUAUUAUUUUUUCCAGACAAGGUUCGCAUAUUUUCAAUAUUUUACCCUAAGUCCAAACAAGAAACUGAUGACAAAUUGCUAUACCGUUUUUUAUUAAGUGUAUAGCGUAGUUAAAUUAUGAAAACCUCACUUUUUAAUGCCGUUAUCAAUUUUUGAAUAAAGUGGAAACCUUCGUUUCUGUUAUUUUAUCCAUCACUACAUACACAAACCAAAAUGUGUGAGAUAUAUUUUUUUCCGAAUAGAAGAUGAUACAUAUGUAUAUAUGCAUGUAUAUGUAAAUAAUACUUAAUGAAAAGAACGAUCGGUAUUUUGCUCGUAGAAUCAACCGAAUUGAAAGCUUAAGACUUCUACAUACUUUUAUUCUAUGGGGACUAGUUUCAAAACCGCUGAAGAUCAGAGUUUUUUUUUCAAAUUGUAUAUGUUAAAUGUUUUUGUAUAUUAUAUAUUUGGUUUCCUGUACCUUAAAGUUAAAUUUUCUAUGUAAAUACUUAACGGAUCUUGAUGAUUUAUAUAUUAAACAAAAAGUAUCAUUUUUGUCAAAAAUAGUUUUCAUUUGAUAUAUAAAACCUCCAGUUCCAUUCGGUACAUAAGAAGGCUUUGUGUCUCGUGCGUCGUCAUAAAAUGCAAUUUUUAAGUAGUGAUAAACUUUUAUUUGGUAGCAAUUUCAAAUCCGUUGGUCUCACGCCCUACUCCAAAUUCACAUUUGACAUAAUCCUUUGUUUCCUUUAUUCUAAAAUAUAUAAUUUUUCGUUUUAAAUUUGGACAGUGACUGAAAAACAUUGAACAAAACAAAAUAUGAACGACAAAUAACUCUUAUUGGAUUCAUACUUUUAGGUUGUUUUAAGAGCAAUCUCCACAAUUUUGAUGAGUUUUUGGCGCAUGUCUAAGUUACUGUGGUGAUGUGGGCUUUUCUAAAGAACAAAAUUUUCUAAAUAUUAACGCAAAUAAUAAUUAAUUCUGUAAUGUAUUUUUAUGUAUAAAAAAAUAAUAAUGCAAUAUAUUUACAAACAAAAAGAAAACUUUAUACCAAAGGUUAUGGUUUGAUUUUUUUUUUAUUUUAGAUGUAAAUUUAUAUAUAAAUGUAUUCCUUAUACACAUAUAUAUUAAUUUUUAAAUAAAAUGUAUGAACUUAUAAGUGA